AUGGCGACAUUCAGCGAUGCUCAAACGGCGAAAUGGAAGGCUUACUUCGACCCUAAAAUGUUUCCUGGAGAUUUGGAUAUUGAUAGACGCAAGUGCAAAAGAACUGUCCCCAUGCAAGUCCUGAGUUUGGGAAUGUCACGAACAGGUACCGCAUCAAUGAAAGUGGCUCUCCAUAUACUAGGCCACAAUGAUGUCUUUCACAAUUUGAACACCUUUCAAAAUCUCCGGGAAUGGGACAUCUGGAUUGAACUAGCAGAAGCCAAACUCAAUGGUAAUGCCUCGACCAUAAACUGGAGAAAGGAAUUCGACGGUUUACUUGGUCAUUGUGAAGCUGUCACAGAUACUCCUCCAUCAUAUUUUGGAUCCGAACUCAUCACAGCCUAUCCCGAUGCCAAAGUUAUUCUUGUGCAACGAGAUUUCGAAGCAUGGGAACGAAGCUUUCUAUCGCUAGUUGAUGUUAUGUGGAAUCCGGUCUACAAUGUCCUUGCAUUUCUCGAUCCUCAAUGUCUUGGUCGGAUGACAAGAAUUUCAAACAUGAUCGCCAAAGCCAAACAUGUAACAAGUAGAGGGGAGAUGAAGGCGAAAUUGCGAGAAAGUUACUACGCGCACUAUGAUGCCAUACGAGCCGCAACACCCCCUAAAAGACUGCUCAAUUACGAGCUAGAAAGUGGAUGGGAGCCGUUGUGUGAAUUUCUCGGCAAGCCUAUUCCAAAUGAGCCCUUUCCACAUAUCAACGAGUCCGCUGCGCUUAAAGAUUAA